CUUGUGUGAAUGCUAACUUAUCUUGCAUUCCUGAAGUCAUGUCCACUUUACUGCAAAAAAUACGAAGCUUGGACUCGAGCGCAGCCAUUUGUCUUGAAGGAGCAGAUUUCCGCACCGAUUCAGAUAUCCUGACUCUGACUCGAGAAGAACUGCAUGAGCUGUUUCCUGGACGUCAGAAUCUGAAGAAGAGGAGGGCCAUCUAUGACACAAUACACACACAGAAAUCAAUUCAUUUGCUGUUGAAAGAACUUCAGGAUUUCGUUCCACACGAGUCUCUCAAAGCUGCUCUAUCCAACAAUGGAGUCUUGGUUGACUACCUCCACAUCCUGAAGGACAUGAAGACUCAGCUGAACAAAGUGCAGAGCGUCAUUGACGCUCAUAUUGAUUUAUUGGAGGGCAUCAACAAAGCUCAGCCGGAGCAGCAACAAAGCCAAAACAAAGGCGCAACAGAGUCUUGCAGCUCAAACCUUCAUAAAAAGCAAGUGAAGUACAAGACGGUGGUCAGCGGUAAAACGUUUGACGCACAUCUUCAGAUACUCGGUCGAAUCAAGAGUUCUGUUCAUGGCUUGAACUUGGUAGAUGUGGAAAAGUACCAAACCAGCGAGGCUUGCCAGGUCACGUUUGUCUUCUGUCCAAAUGUUUCCCGUGUUGGGACAGACAUUGAGGCAGCCAUGAAAGAAGUCACAGGUUCGGGACCCGUUGUUCUGGUUUUGAUGCACCAUUCUCAUGAAGCUAAACACGUUGCUUCUGUUAAAACCUGGACUGAAAACUCUCAGGUUUUGUUACACGUUAACGUUUUCUACCAUGACAAAUCAAAUGGAUUAAUUGCUUGCAAAGAAAAUGAUGAGGCCAUCUCUGCAAUCCGAGACAAGUUACAGAGUUGCUUCAGUUAUUAAAGCAAAGAGCACUAAAAUAAAUCCAACAUAAACA